GACACAACCGAGGGAAAGUGCUCGGAGGGGGAGGGGUGUCCCGUCGGCAGGCACACAGACAGCAGGCAGCAGCUGCAGCGAGAGGAGCCGCUACCGUUACUCCGCAUUAACACAUUCACAUUACGAUUUUUAGCUCGGGACACAUAGGACAGCAACACACACACAUUUAACAAUGGUAGACCGCGAGCAACUGGUGCAGAAAGCCAGGCUGGCCGAGCAGGCAGAGAGGUAUGAUGAUAUGGCAGCUGCCAUGAAAUCGGUCACAGAGCUGAAUGAAGCACUAUCCAAUGAGGAGAGGAACCUGCUCUCUGUAGCCUAUAAGAAUGUGGUUGGGGCAAGGCGUUCAUCCUGGCGCGUCAUCUCCAGCAUUGAGCAGAAGACGUCGGCCGACGGUAAUGAGAAGAAGAUCGAGAUGGUGCGGGCCUACCGGGAAAAGAUCGAGAAGGAGCUGGAGGCUGUCUGCCAGGACGUGCUCAACCUCCUCGACAACUUCCUGAUCAAGAACUGCAACGAGACGCAGCACGAGAGCAAAGUGUUCUACCUGAAGAUGAAGGGCGACUACUACCGUUACCUGGCCGAGGUGGCCACGGGGGAGAAGCGAGCCUCAGUGGUGGAGUCCUCCGAGAAGUCCUACAGCGAGGCCCAUGAGAUCAGCAAGGAGCACAUGCAGCCCACCCACCCCAUCCGCCUGGGCCUGGCUCUCAACUACUCCGUCUUCUACUAUGAGAUCCAGAACGCCCCGGAGCAGGCAUGCCACCUGGCCAAGACCGCCUUCGACGACGCCAUCGCCGAGCUGGACACCCUCAACGAGGACUCCUACAAAGACUCCACUCUCAUCAUGCAGCUGCUACGAGACAACUUGACGCUGUGGACGAGCGACCAGCAGGACGACGAGGGAGGAGAGGGCAACAACUAAAGAGUCCAAAACCUCAUUCUGCCAAAACAACACAACACGCGCGCUCACAAAUGAUGACAAAAUAAUAAUAAUAGUAAAAAAGUUCUUAGAAAUUUAAAAAAAGGGGAAGGGGGAGGGGGCAGUGGAACAUCGGCGGCCAAUUUAGCCGAUGGUACUAACGUGGCUGCUGUUCUUUAUUUUUCCACAAAUUAAAAGUGAAAAAAGUAGGAGGAGGGAAGACGAUUUUAGUUUGAGAAAUAACAUACAAUUAAAAAAAAAAAAAAAAGAAUGAAAACCCCCUCCUUGAUAGCCUCUGCAGCAUUUGCCAAAAUACCACUUAGAAGCAAGAGGUAUGUCAUUCAUAACAGUGUGACCAUUGGGUAAAGAUGCCUUCACACUGGCAGAGACUGGUCUCAUCGCGCAAAUGAAGCUGAGGUGUCUUAUUGUAUUCAUUGAGGGGCGGAGCAUUCAGAAAUUGAGUUCAAUGCUUGAGCAACACGAAAAUUAGAGUAACCUUGAAUGUCACGGCCUUGCUUAGCAAGAGAGAGAAAGACAGAGAGAGAGAAAGAGAGAGUGAGUGAGAGAGCAGACGGGUUACAGAGAUGAAGACGGGGCUUUUAGGGGUGUCCAACUUCAUUGCGUAACUUCAAACGUACCAACGUGGCAUCUUUAGUUGCACCACACUACGAUCGUCGAGUGAAAAGCAGGUUGUCUCUGUUAUCGAAGAUAACAUUUAAGAAAAAUAUGUUUUUGUUUUGCUUUGUGUCAGGUGUGUGUCCAGCUCAGUCACACAGUCAUACUGUAACUAAAAAUACAAAUUCAUAAAGUAAACUUAGUGCAGCUUGUCCCUCUCAUGUGCUGAUGUGCUUUAUUAAAUAAAUUAACUGUUUUUGGACACCUAAUUCUUAUUGUCAGUAUUGUCGUUACUAUAACAACUUCUAUUGGCGCCUUAUGUUUGGAGGAAACGAUUUGAUUUGAAGAAAUUCAGAUAGAAAGAUAAAAAUGGAAAUUGAACCUCUUAAAAAAAAAUGUAGUGAUGGGAAAUUAUCAUGAGUCCACCCUUAUUCUCCAAUUAUGCUAUCUUCAUAACAAUCAGUAGGAUCUCUGAAAUGGCACCUGGAACCACAGAGUCGAUUAGUGAACUACAUAAUUUUUGGGCAGAGCACAUGCAAUGUUAAGUGGAAGCUCUAAAAGCAGAUUUGAGAAUUGUGGAUUUACUUUGUCUUCAGUUUCUUAUUGGUCAAGAAAUGCACUUGCCUAUUAUACUGUUUCUUCAGUGUAAGAUGAUAACUGCUCCAAUAUUCUCCAUAAUACAAUAUUGUGCAUGCUGGUGAUGUAUUUAUACAGUAGCUUCAAUUUAUUAACUUAUACUGUAGAUGUUAUGUAUUCAUAUGAACAUGGAAUUACUAGACCUUAAUCAGAUUAUUUUCUAUUUAUUUCUUUUUAUUGCGAUUGUUAGCUAGACCUUAUUUUAAUCUGUGUUUUCUUUACUCCAUUUGCUGAAGUACGCUAUACCAAAACAGUGAUUGUUAACAAUAAAUUGAUCUGUUAAGGACAUCAGUAUGGUGACAUGCAAUUCUUGGUAAGGGUGACCAAAAAAAGAAAACAUAUUGGCUUGUGAUAUAUGACAGUGUUAGCGAGUGUGUUAAAAGUUUUAGGUGGUCUCGGAUUUAUAAUUACAUUGGCAGUCACACAAGUAAAUAAUGAUAACUGAAAUACACUAGGUAUUAAAUAAUAAAACAUUGCAAAAUUUUCCUGACUACAUUUGGUUUACUAAACAACUAAAUUCUGUUAAAUAAAGUCCCGCAGGACCAUGAGGGGAAUGUUUUGUAGUGCAGUAAAGGACUUCUGUAGCUGACUUAAUUCAACUGCGUGAAAAACACACUACCACUAUUCAGUCAGUACGCCAGAGGUGAAGCAUUUCAUGUUUCAGUGAGGACACUUGGUUGUCAACUCGGUUCUAAAAUAAUGCACCAUUUAGAUAUUUAUACAUGCAUUUAGAACUAUCCUUACAAAAUUGUGUUACUGCAGUGCACCAUGGGGUCUAACAUAUUUCAACUGAGUGCGAGAGAUGGCUCAAGGACAUUAAGUACAAAAAGUUUUUCAUUAAAAAAAUCAGAAUUCAAAGCAUGCUCUACUAGACAGUAGAUAAGACCAUUAAGUGGUUAACUAUCUAUCUUCUACAAAGACAAGCAAAAGAGGAAAAUACAUAGGUACAGAUCAUAGACUAUAAAAAAAAUAAUGGACGUAGCCACCAUGACGUCACUCAUUGAUUUGUGGACUCCAUGAAUGUAUUAUAAGAGCUGGAUACGGGACUGAAAAUGGUGUCUAUUCAGUCCAAUAAAAAUUGCUCAACUGGCGCAUGCGCCAAAAGAGUUUCUAGCUUCCGGGUUUGCUUCCAGAGGUAUGCGGCCCACUGAAUUUGCGCAGUAUUGUUUUUCCCGCUAGCCCCGCCCGCAAGUUCACACUCAGCCCAUAGACUUUACAUUGUGGUCACAGAUUUUUAAAUCGCCUGUCUCA